CGCGAGGGGGCGGGGCCUCAGCGCUCGGCGCGAUCGCGGCGGGGAAUGAGCGGAGAGCGGGAGAUUCGGCAGCUCCAGAAGGCAAAGCAGAAGGCUCAGCGGAGCGGGAACGUCCCCCAAGAGGCCGCGCUUUGCCACCAGCUCGGCGAGAUCUUGGCAAACCAUGGCCGCUACGAGGAAGCUCUGGAGGAACAUCGGCAGGAGUUGCAUCUGCUGGAAGGAGCCGGAGACGGCAUCGGCUGCGCCGUGGCUCACCGGAAGAUCGGCGAACGCUUGGCUGAGAUGGAGAACUAUGAGGCUGCGUUGAAGCACCAACGGCAGCACCUGGAGCUCGCGCGGUCCUUGGAGGACAACACGGAACAACAACGCGCUUGGGCCACCAUCGGACGGACCUUCAUGUUCAUCGCCGACAGCCGAGCGCCGGGAGAAGCCGAGACGGAGCUGCGCGAAGCCGAACGGGCCUUCCGCACCAGCCUGGAGAUCGUGGAGGAGAAACUGGAAGGAUCCAUUCCGUCCCGGGAACUGUCGGAGAUGAGGAGUCGUUUGUACCUCAAUUUGGGUUUGGUUUACGAUAGCCUGAAGGACGCGGCCAAGUGCGAACACUUCAUCCGGAAAAGCAUUUUCCUCUCCGAGCAGUCGUGUUUGGACGAGGACCUUUUCCGCGCUCAUUUCAAUCUGGGCCACAUCCGCCUGCGCGACGGUGACCCUUCGGGCGCUCUCCGGUGCCUGAGCCGCGCGCGGGACUGCGCUCGUCGUCUCCAAGAUCCGCUGCUCCAGAGCGACGCCUCCGCCGGCGCCGCACAGGUCCUCCUCAGUGUUGGGGAUUUCGCCGCCGCCAAACGUUCGUUGCGUCGAGCGAAGGCACUCGGUGACCACCGCCAACGCCACAGUGUCACCUCCGCUCUGCGCUACGCCACCAAGGUGACGCGGCUCCAGGCGGCCCUGGAGGAAGCCGGGACCACCGAGGCAGCGUUGGCCCUCUGGGAACAGCUCGGGGACACCUUCUCCAAACACGGGGACUUCAACCGCGCCGUGGAGUCCUACCAGAAGCAGCUCGACCUCGCCCAGAUGCUGGUGAGGCCACCGGAGGAGUUGGCCGUCAUCCACGUCUCCUUGGCCACCACCUUCGGGGACCUGAAGGACCACUCGAGAGCCGUCCACCACUACCGGCAGGAGUUGGCGCUGCAUCGUGGGAACGCCCUUGAGGAGGCGCGGACGUUGCUGAGUGUGGCGUUGGCUUUGGCCGAUGCCGGGGAGUCGCCGGCUCAGCUGAGCUCCUGUCUGCGUUCGGCCCUGGAACGCGCCGAGACCGCCGCCGACCGCGUCCUGCAGCGGCGGAUCCUUCGGCAGCUUCUGGCGGUUCAACGCGGGGACGGGGACUCCGCGGGGGCUGCGGAGACCGAGGCUCGACUCGGGGCGCUGGGGGGCCGCGACGAAGAGGAGGAAGAGAAGGAGGAGGAAGAAGACAACAGCGAAGGCCAAGAGGAAAGCGACCUGGAGCUGUCGGAGAGCGAGGAAGAGGAGCUCGAGGGUUAUGGCAAGAGCGGCGUUGGGCGCCGGCGGCUCAGCAAGUGGGAGCGUCGGAAUGAGAGGGGUGAGACCCCCCUGCACCGUGCCUGCAUCGAGGGGGACCUGCGCCGCGUGGAGCUCUUCCUGCGACAGGGGCACCCCGUGAACCCCCGCGAUUACUGCGGCUGGACCCCCCUGCACGAGGCCUGCAACCACGGGCACCUGGAGGUGGUGGUGGCGCUGCUGGAGGCGGGGGCGGCGCUGGACGACGCGGGGGGUCCGGGCUGUGACGGUGUCACCCCCCUGCACGACGCCCUCGCCUGCGGCCACUUCGAGGUGGCCGAGUUCCUCGUGCGACGCGGAGCGUCCCUCAGCGCCAGGACCAGCGCGGGCCUGACGCCGCUGGGGACACUGGAGGACUGGAUCCGCACCUACGGGCCGGAGCUGGACGAGGAGACGUGGCAGCGGUGCCGUGCGGCCGAGCGCCUUCUCCGGGAGAUGGCGGCGCAUUCGGCACAAGGUGGGACACGGCACGGCGACGCCAGUUCCCCUCCGCGCUCCGGCGCCGCUGCCGACACCCCGGCACAGCUCUGCCACGACUCACUCUUUGAUGCCGAGCUCGGCGAGCCAGCGACACCGCAGCCGGUGGAGCCGGAGCAGCCGGAUACGGCACCGCUACGGCCGGGGAAGAAGCGGCAACGGGCCAAGGAUGGGGUGGAGGAGUACGAAGCCGCUAUCCGGAGCCUCGGAAGUGCCAAAUCCCUCCUUGGUGGCACCAGAUCCCACCUUGGUGGCACCAAAUCCCUCCUUGGUGAUGGCACAGCCAUGGCGUGCCGGCAACCGGCACCGCAGCCGGCGCUUAUCCCGGCCGAGCAGUACCUGGAGGAGGAGGAUUGGUUGGAAGAUGACUUGGGGGCAUCGCGGGGGAGCUGGAAGCGCCCGCGCCGGGAAUACCGGGAUGCGGUGAUGGCAUCGAGGGACAUCGUGAGGCCGGAGAGCGUUGGCCGAGUCCCAACUCCAGUGCGGCACCGACCGCGGCGACGCCGGAGCGUGCAGAGCCGCCUCAGCCGUAUGGUGGAGAGGAUCCCAGCCGGGCGGUGCCGGCAACACCGGACACCGGAGCGGGAAUGCCGAACCCCCGAGGCAGCCGGAAUCCCACAUCCCACCGUGAGUGACGACGAGGGGACCCCACCGGCAGUGACGAACCCUACGGUGACGCCGAAUGCCACCGCGAUGCCGAUCUCUGCCGCGACGCCACCGGCGAUUCCCACUCUCCGUGUCCGUGUUCGGAUUCAGGACAACGUGUUCCUCAUCCCGGUGCCGCAGAGCGAGGACUGUGCCGUGGGCUGGUUGGCGGCGCGGGCGGCCGAGCGCUAUUACCAAGCGUUGGGACUGCUCCCACGGGUGACGCUGAAGAAGGAGGGGGCCCUCCUGGCACCCCAAGACGCCGUACGGGACGUCCUGCGCAGCAACGAGGAGGUGCUGGCAGAGGUGCAGGGCUGGGAUUUGCCACCCUUGGCCGAGCGCUACCGCAGGGCGUGCCAGAGCCUGGGUGUGGAGCCUCAUCCGCUGCUGCUGAAGGUGACGGAGCUGCAGGAGCAAAGCCCGGAAUUGGGGUUCAGGGAAGGUUUAGCCCUGCGUCCCCCCCACCUCCCGCCUUUGCUCCGGGCUCUCAAGCUGCAGGAGUCGCUCCGGCAGCUCCGGCUUCGCGGCUGUGGGCUUUCGGACACGGUGGCUACCGACCUGCUGGCCACGCUAGCCACCCUGCCGGCCCUCACCCUGCUCGACCUGGCCAACAACCGCUUGGGACCACAGGGGCUACGGAACCUCCUGCCCGGCAAUCCCGGCACCGACGGCGCCUUCCAGAGCCUGGAAGAGCUGGACCUGAGCCUCAACCCUCUCGGCGACGCCGGCUGCCGCCCAUUGGCGCAACUCCUUCAGGCGUGUCCGGCGCUCACCGCGCUCCGUAUCCAAGCUUGCGGCUUCUCCGAUGCCUUCAUCCUUCCCGGAGCCUCACGGCUAAAGACGUUGGCGCUAUCUUGGAACACCCUUGGAACGCCGGGGCUGGAGCGGUUACUCGGUAGCGUCUCGUGCCGGAGUUUGAUCCGGUUGGAACUCAGCGCCGUCGCCGUGCCGGGAUCUCGGCUUCUCACCGCGGCGCUCGGCAAAUUCCUGGCGCAGGAAGGCAGCGUCCUGAGCCACCUCACGCUUGCCGGGAACCGGUUGGGAGACGAGGACAUCCUGGAAGUGGCCAGGUCUCUCCCUCUUUGCCCAACUUUGGUUUCCCUGGAUUUCUCUGCCAAUCCCGGGAUCGGCACCGUGGGGCUGCGGAUGCUGCUUUCCGCUCUGGAAGAACGAAACCAAGACCUCCAAUUCCUCAAUUUGGCAGGCUGCUCCGUGGAAGGACCCUUGGAUGCCACCACUUGGACCAAAUCCAUUACCAAAAUCCGGGAUCUUCGCCUCUGCGGGCGCCACGUCAGCCGGAAGAACCAACGAGACGCCAGCACCGAGCUCGGCACCGUCACACGGCACCGUAAACUCUUCUGGAAGAGCCUUUGAAUUCCCGAUGUGCUUUUAAUCCAUUAUACACCGUAUUUAUAAUUAUUAACGCUGCGUUUGAGUGGGGUUUUUUUUUUCCGGCAUCACCGGAAAUGGGAUUUAUUAUCUCUACGUCCUUAAAACCAGUAAGGACUGGGAAGG